UCUUGUUGAAGGACGAAUGGUGACCUCUAAAAAGAAUGUUGGUGACUCCAUACCUUACAAGUAUGUUGUCUGCAAGAGGAAAGACGACUCAUAUGAGUAUAAAUAUGAGCACAUCUACCUAAAGGAUGCAAAGCAAGAUGUCAACAGGUGCCUAUUAGUCAAAGAGGAUCUUUUGACACUUGACGGGGAGUGGCACCAAUAUGAUGAUAUCAUACUCACAGAACCUGACCAAAGUUGGAUAUCACGCUUCACAAGCUUGUUUGCAUGGCGGGAUCACUGCAAGAAAAAGGUAGUGGCGGGCAGACAGCUGGCUGGAAAGGUGAUGCUGGGAAACAUUUUUAAUCUCCUUCAAACAUGGAGUGACGUGAACAUUAGGAACUUCUUUACUCAACUCCAGCAGUUCUUCACCAAUUACAAAUCCCCCUUCCUCCAUGUGGAUGGUCCAAAGAAUUGGGAUCUGCCGUAUGGAGAAGAACAGGUGAAAACCCUUUUGAAAGAGUUCAUGCAGCAAGCUAUAGAUGGUGAGAACCAAAAGGGGAAUGAGAAGCGUGAGGAUUUCUUCUCUGAUCCUCUGAAACUAGGAGUUAUUAUCCUGGUUGUCCACAUCAAUUACAGUUUAGAUGUCAGUGGACAUAUUUCUAAACUGUGUGAGUUGCUCUGCCUGCCUAAAAAGCCAAGAGAAGUUUUCCUUCCAUACUGGACAGAUUUCAAACAAGGGCUACCAGGUGACAUCAGGGUUUCAGAGGCAAUUGAGACUCUAUUCAACUUUGCAAGAAAACAUGGAGUUGAGAAGUGGAUCUUGGUUAUCCCCCUACUGCAUCUGCUUAGAGGGGACAGCAAGCCUUUUGAGGCUGUUCCUCUGACCAUGAAUCCAAAAUUUGAUAUCUGGGCGGGGCUGAAAGGGAUCAAAACUCCAGAAGGCUACACAGACUCGAUGAUUGGAACACAGGGAUUGAGGGAUUCCAUCCAAAUCAUGGAAAAGCACAAACACCUUGUGGCGAUGGACUGUCUCGUUACUCGCUCUUGGAUGACUCUGUUGGGGCUGGAUAACUUGUUAAACUAUGCAUCAAUCAUCCCUCUUGAUGUCUUGGACACUCUUCAACACCUCCAGUUUAGUCUGACUUCCGGGGAGAACUAUAAACAUGAGGCUGUGAAGGAUUUGUUGUCACGUCUCUACAGCAGAGUUAAGGAAAAACAGCACAGCCAUGACGACAGAUAUGGGGACUUUUGCCUCAAAGCAGCUGUGAGCCUUCUGGAGACCAUUUGUAAGAAUAUGAAAAGUCAUUUGGACCAUGAGAUUCCUUUGGUUUGCCUGGAUCUUGUCAGUCUGAUUGCAGAAAUGGCUGGUGCCUUCCAUCUCCAGACAAAGGAAGUGACAAAUAACCUUUUGGAAAACACGCGCAAAGAGAAGUUAAAGGAGACCAUGACCAUCAUAAAGGAAUGGCUGCGAAUCACAUUCAAGAACAAAUUGGUUAAAGAUCUCAAUAACAUUGAUUUUGCAUACAUGUAUGAGACUAAGGUCUGGAACAAGCUGAUCUCACUUCAAAUUGGUUCAGAAGAAUUCACCCAAUACUGGAGAAAUACAUUCUUGAAUGAUUUUGAAGGAAAACUCAAACAGGAAAAGUCCAUGCAUCAAAUUGAAAUAUAUAUCAAUAAGAUAGAGGAAGUGAGCGGGACGCUGCCAUUCUUGGAGAACUCAUUGGAGAAAUGCGCUUUGGAAGCAGUCACGGUCAUGUGUCAGGGGAUCUCUCAGGAGGCUCUCUUUGAACGGUUGAAAAAACUUGACUUUAGCAAGUUUGAGAGGCUAAUAUCUACUAUUGUGAUGAAGUCCUGGCCCAAGACUGGCAAUGGAGAAUACCUGGAAGGGGAGGACUGUGUAGUGGAACAUCUUCUCAACUGGUCCAUGGCCAAAAGUGUCUUUCAAGUCCAAGGUAAAAAUCUGAAAAUGAUUGACCAUUUGUCAGACGAUGCUAAAGAGCGGAUGGUUGUGGCGAGAUCUGCGUUCAGUUCUGUCUCAGAUAAAGUCAUCAACGGCAACAUCCAGAUGAAGACUCUCAGUAAAGUCCUCUCAAGGAGAACAACAUUCAUUGAGCUUUUGAAGAUAGAUGGCCUGUGUGAAGAUGGUCGUUGUAAGGACGACACCACUAUGAACAGAUUACUGAGAUUUAGAGAAGAGGAAAUGGAGGAAGUGAACAGUUACAAGAAGAUGGUUGAGGGCCUAAUUAUAAUUUGUCUCCGACUCCAGGAGCAUGUGAAAGUCGAUGUGAAAGAGCUGGAGCUCAAAAACCAAAAGAACAUAGAUCAGAUGACGCUGGAUGAAUUCAUGGAAGUUCACAGACUUGACGGGCACACCUCUGACGUAACUGGGGAGGUCACAUACUUUAACGUCUGUAAUGCCACCAGGCAGAUGGCAUUUAAACUAAAUGCUGUCAGGGAAAGCUUCAUUUUUGCUAUGUGCUUGGAGAAUCAAGCCAAAGAACUUUCCCACAACCAUAUUGACACUGACGAGAUAGAAGUGUACACUCUUGAUGUGAUCUACAGCAAAAUAUUCCAGGGUUGCUAUGAUAAUUACGAGAGGAUCUAUGAGAGUUUGAAAUCUGGCAAUUUAUCAUUGGAGGAUGUGGAUAGCAUCUUUGAAGUCUACAAAGACAAGUACGAUGAGAUGAAAAGUGAUCUGGAGAUCAUGUGCAGAAUUAACUUGUCUGAUGAUCGAAGAUGGAUCAGGAGGCGAAUCGAGCAGAUCCAACAGUACCAUGACCUUCAUCAAGCAUUGGAUUCAGCCAAGGUCAUUAUGGAUGUCAGAAAGACAAUCUGUCCUCAAGGGGACUUCAAAGUGCUACAGAGUUUGCUGGAUGUGAGUAAUGCAGACUUUAAGGAGAAGAGUCUGAAUCACAUUGAUGACAAUUUGAUGGAGACUAAAAAGGUUCUUGAGGACAUCACAGAACCUCGCAGACUGUGUCUUCAGGAGCUUGGCCUUUGGGGGAACUUUGUCAAAUGGGUCAAAGAAGCUCUUGAAGAUAUCAAUGAGCUGAAAGUGUUUGUCGACCUGGCCUCCAUCUCUGCUGGAGAGAACGACUUGGAUGUGGACCGUGUAGCCUGUUUCCAUGAUGCUGUUCUUGGUUACUCCUCGAUGCUGUAUGGGUUACCACAAAAUGCUGACUUUAAUGCCUUCAAGAAGGCUUUGACAAAACUAUGGAAGGCGCUUGGAAGUGACAGCAACAUACCAAAUAAGCUGCGGGAUACUGCACGCCAUUUGGACUGGUUGAAAACUGUGAAGGACAGCCAUGGGUCUGUGGAACUCUCUUCUCUUUCUCUGGCCACGUCCAUCAACACAAGAGGCAUCUAUGUUAUUGGUGCACAGAACCAGAAGAAGCUGAGUUUAGACACUGCCCUGAAGCUACAGGUUCCAGACCAGCAGGAAGAAGGUCAGAUGCGCAACUACUCCUUAGAAGACCUGAGAGAUCUGCAAAACAAGCUCAUGCUGAUGUCUGGAAAGGGGGAGCAAGGCCAGAGUGAGGUGGAUCACUUUACUGAGGUUUUUGACAGUGUCCAGAGGCUAGCUGUAGCAUUUGUAGAUCUUUAUGCUGCUGGGAACCCACUUUUUAGGGUUUGGGAGGCCAAGAUUUACUGCAAUAUGGAAAGUGACACUGGUGUCAUAAUGGACUUCAACCUUGGCAACAUCCUAAGAAAGAUCAUGGUGGAGGGCAAUGCAGUCAAACAGCUUACAGACCUGUGCAGGAAGAUAGAGAUGUGUUUGGAUGACUGGAAUAGAUUCAUGGACAAACAGAGAUCUCAGCACUAUUACCUCAACUAUUACACAGCAGAGCAGAUAGUCUACCUUUGUAAUGUUUUGACCGAAAAUAAUCUGAACAAGAAAUUGGAGGAAAACGUCUUGAUGAUGCUGUCUUUCAUCAAACCUGACUGCUCUGUGUCGGAAGUGUGGGAGUCAUGGAUGACUUUUCAGAACCACGCCAUCAAUACAGCUGGGCAAGAGGAAGACACCAGUUGUCAGACUUUUAUUGACCUUCAAAGUGACAUGGAAAACUUAGAUUCCUUUUUUGCAGGUGAGAGAAAAUGUGCCAUUGAUGUUCUACAGAGCGUUGUAGACCAGGCUGUUGGUUUACGAAAACUGGAUCUGGUCUGGGAUGCUUACAUGAAAGACAUGAGGAACAUUAUCCAGUACUCUUUAGACAUCAGAAGCCUAGGCAGUCUGCUAGAGGUGUUGGCCAACAAACAGAGCCAGGAACAAGACGAGGAAGAGGAGCUUUUAGAAUCAAGUGAGAAUACAGUCAGUAGAAAGCUCCCAAAAGGCUUCUUCACUGGUCAACCUAAUCUCAUAAUCUGCCCACAAGAUAAAAUCUUGACCGCAAGCGUCUGCUUAUAUAUGACCAGUGAUGAUGAGCAGCUGCCUACCUACGAUGAAGUCCUCCUGUGUACCCCUGUCACGUCAUAUGAGCAAGUGGAGCUUUUCUUCAGACGAUGUCUCACACCGGGCUACAUGGGUGAGAAGAUCUAUACCUUGCUCUUCGCAGACCAGUUGAGCUAUGAGGUGAGCUAUGCAGUGGAGAAGUUCUUUCAGAAACUGAGUUCAUGUUCCAGGAGCAACUAUAGGCUGGUGAUCAUCUGCAGCACAGAAAGAGAGCACACGUACAUCCCCUCUGCCUUCAGUCACUUCAAACGGGACAUUGUGCCUCAGGAGUCUCCUGGACGGAUACAGAAAUACCUGUCCCGGCACUACACUGUCCCCUCACACCAGGCCAGUGCUGCAUCUGUGUUCAAAGGUAGACACUUUGUUGGGAUUGUGUCUUCCAAGAGGGCUGGAGUUGGAAAAUCGCUGUACAUACAAAGGUUGUAUGAUAAACUGGAGGGAACCAUGAGAAUAGGAACCACAUUCCACAAAUGCAUUCGCUUAAUUGAGCCCAAGGUUGAUGAGCAUAUCAUUCUUCGGUCCUUGUUUGACACACCAGAGAAGAAGGAACACAAAGUCUUUCAUUUUGAUGUCACAUCCUCAGUACAGAAAGGACUGCAUGAAUUUCUGUUCAAACUCUUCUUCCUGCGUUACCUGGCCGAUUCAGAUGGGCUAAUGUGGAAAUGCAGCAGCAAGGACUUGUAUGUCAUCGAGACACUACAAUCCACACAUGAACUGCCCAGAUCUGCCUCAAGAGCUGUAAGUGACAAUCUAUUUGUAUUUUGUCAUGUCUUUCCAAAGGUCUUCUGCCGUCCCCCAAAAGAGGUUAUGGGGUUGGAAAUGAGAAAAGGAGAUGAUCCAGAGCUGAAAAGUGAAGAUCCACUCAUGGAUGACCAGUGUUUUAGGAGUGAGGCCUUUCAAAGACCAUAUCAGUAUUUAACACGGUUCUACAGGGGUGAGAAUCUUGACAGCUUCACCUACCAAAGAGUUGAAGGAACUCAUGCAGAGUGCCUUCAAAUGCUCUUCAUCUACUGUGGCAUAAGUGAUCCGUCCUGGGCAGAGCUGAGGAACUUUGCCUGGUUCCUCAAUCUUCAGUUGCUAGACUGUGAGACAUCGGCCUUCUGUAACUUUCAGUUUGUUGGAGACACUCUUAGGGGAUUCAGAAACUUUGUGGUUGACUUCAUGAUCUUGAUGGCCAAGGACUUUGCCACUCCAUCUCUCUGCAUCACUGACCAGAGCCAUGGGAGGCAGCAGAUGGACCUCAAUGGACUCAACGAAAGGGAUCUAGCCCCGUUCCUCAUCCGAAAGAGAUGGGAAUCAGAACCACAUCCAUAUAUCUUCUUCAAUGAUGACCAUGCAUCCAUGACCUUCAUUGGAUUUCACCUACGGGAGAACAAGAAGAAUGGGGUUGAUGCCAUUAAUCCAUCAACAAAUGUGGUGAUCAAGAGAAACAUUAUGACCAAAGAUCUGUACAAUGCCCUCAGACGUCAAAGAGUUCCAUUUAACAUUGACUUUGACCAACUUUCUCGGGCAGAUAAGAUUGUGCGUCUAUGUCGUGUGCUGGGGAUCAAGUGGCCAACAGACCCUGAUGAAACAUAUGAACUCACCACUGACAACAUACUGAAGAUGAUGGCAAUUCACAUGAGGUUCAGAUGUGGCAUUCCAGUCAUCAUAAUGGGGGAGACUGGCUGUGGGAAGACACGACUCAUCAAGUUCCUGUGUGACUUGAGAAGGAGUGGAGCGCCCACCGAGAACAUGAAACUGGUCAAAGUUCACGGAGGAACUACAUCUGACAUGAUCUACACCAAAGUGCACGAGGCAGAGGCUGUUGCGGUUGCCAAUAAGGAGAAACAUGGUUUUGAUUCUGUUCUUUUCCUUGAUGAAGCUAAUACCACGGAAGCUAUAAGCAGCAUUAAGGAGAUCCUGUGUGACAACACUGUGCAAGGACAACAACUUGGCUCCCAAACUGGACUGCAGAUCAUUGCUGCAUGCAACCCUUACAGGAAACACACAGAUGAGAUGAUCAAGAGGCUGGAAAAAGCUGGUUUGGGUUACAGGGUCCGAGCUGAAGAGACUGAAGAAAGACUUGGAUCAAUCCCUCUUCGGCAGCUGGUGUAUAGGGUCCAAGUGCUGCCCCCAAGCAUGAUUCCUCUGGUGUGGGACUUUGGACAACUCAAUGACCACACAGAGAAUAUGUACAUCCAGCAGAUUGUGCAGAGAGUUGUGGAAAGAAAUUCAAUCAAACGAGUAUCCAUCAAGAUGAUCACUGAUGUACUGUCGUCAUCGCAGAGAUUUAUGCGACAGAGGAAAGACGAAUGCAGCUUUGUCAGUCUCAGGGAUGUGGAGCGCUGCAUGCAAGUGUUUGUGUGGUUCUACAAGAACCACUCAAUGUUUUCUGAAGAGUUAAGGGCAUUCUUCCAGAAACAACCCCGGGAGGAGAGGAACAUGCGUGACCAGGUACCCCCACCUGCUAAUGAUCCAGUUGAUUGGUCGCUGUUGAUGGCUGUUGGUGUGUGUUAUCAAGCCUGUUUAGAGACAAAAGGUGAGUACCAGAAAGAAAUCUGCAAAUUCUUUCCCCAUGUCCUCCCCUCAAAAAUGAAGCAGGAAAUCUCACUCAUGCAGGAUCUUCUCCUAAGUGGGGUCCCAAUGGGAGAGACAAUAGCAAGAAACAAGGCUUUGAAAGAGAAUGUCUUCAUGAUGGUGAUCUGCAUUGAGCUACGAAUCCCCCUGUUUCUGGUUGGCAAGCCUGGGAGCUCCAAAUCUCUGUCCAAAACUCUGGUUGCAGAUGCCAUGCAGGGCCAAGCUGCACAUUCUGAGCUGUACAAAAGACUGAAACAAAUUCAUCUGGUGUCCUUUCAGUGCAGCCCUCACUCCACGCCAGAGGGAAUCAUCAACACAUUCAAGCAAUGUGCCCGUUUCCAAGAGAGCAAGAAUUUGGAGGAGUACAUCUCUGUUGUUGUGCUAGAUGAGAUCGGAUUAGCAGAAGACUCCCCCAAAAUGCCUCUGAAAACACUGCACCCCUUACUGGAGGAAGGCUGCAUUGAUGACGAGCCACUGCCCCAUAAGAGGGUUGGAUUCAUUGGUAUCUCCAAUUGGGCCUUGGACCCUGCUAAGAUGAACAGAGGCCUCUUUGUGUCCCGUGGUGACCCAGACCAGAAUGAGCUAUUCGAAAGUGCGAAAGGCAUAUGCUCAUCUGACAAGAUGAUUCUGGAGAAGGUUAAGCACCUCUUCAAACCCUUUGCCAAAGCAUAUAUGAAGACUUGCAAGAAAGGCAAAGGGUUUUUCGGCUUACGUGAUUACUACAGUCUGGUCAAGAUGAUGUUUGCCAUCACCAAGAUCUCUAAGCAGAGCCCUGGUGUGAACCAAAUCAUUGAAGCAGUCCUGAGGAACUUCAGUGGAAGGGAUGAUGUGGACGCAGUGCGUAUAUUCACCAAAGAGCUGCCGGGCCAAUUCAUUCAACCUGAUUUGGAUGGGAUCAGCACUAUUGAUCUGGUGAAACAAAACAUAAUUCCAAUUUGCCAAGACGAGGAGUGCCGAUACCUUCUUGUCCUCACCAAAAACUAUGCCGCCCUCCAGAUUCUACAGCAGACAUUCUUCUCAGACCAGAGACAUCCAGAGAUCAUCUUUGGUUCCAGCUUCCCAAAGGAUCAAGAGUACACUCAGAUCUGCAGAAAUAUCAACAGAGUGAAGAUCUGCAUGGAAACUGGCCAGACUGUUGUGCUUCUGAACCUUCAGAAUCUGUACGAAAGUCUCUACGACGCUCUCAACCAAUACUAUGUUUCACUUGGGGGUCAGAAGUAUGUCGAUCUUGGAUUGGGAACCCAUCGUGUGAAGUGCAGAGUUCACAAAAACUUCAGGCUUAUUGUCAUUGAAGAGAAGGAGGUGGUCUACACACAGUUCCCGAUUCCCUUGAUAAACAGACUGGAGAAGCACUACCUGGACAUCAACACUGUCCUCAAGAAUGAAGGGAAGGAGAUUGUCAAACAACUUCAGGAAUGGGUCAAAGUGUUUGUCUCUUUGAAAAAACAGCAAUCCAAGACAAACAGAUAUCUUCCAACGGAUGUCUUCAUUGGCUACCACUCAGACACAUGCUCCUCUGUAGUCCUUCAAGUUACAGAGAAGAUGAAAGAUGAAUCUGACAUUUCUGACCCUCAAAGAAGAGUCCUGGAUGAAGCCAAGUUCAUCAUGCUGAACUGUGCCACUCCAGAUUCUGUCAUUCGUCUGGAUGGGACCAAAUUGUCUGAUGUUGAGAAAGAGAAACUGACACAAAUAUAUUUUGAGGAGCAGAAGCACAGAUCCCUGGCUGACUUCAUUGUAUCUCACACACGGCUGGAGGAAUGGUGCCAUGCCCACUUUACAGAGGUCACAACGUUUUCCCGGCAAUUGACAGCAGGAGAUAUAAAACAGCUCCAGAAUAUCACAGAGCUUUGCGACAUCAAGCUGCUCUCACUGCAACAGUUUGACACAGAGCACUCCUUCCUCAAAGAAAUCAGACAAUUUCUUGACUCUACCUCUGCCGACAAAGUCCUCAUCAUCCAAACUGACUAUGAUGAGGCUUCCCAGAGCAUGAACAUUCUUGCAUCUGCCAAGUAUUCGUCCAUAAAUGAAAUCAACAAACCAACAGCUAAUGGUGGCAAUGGAAGGGUGUUUGUGUACUUCGUUACCAAACUGCCUCGAAUUGAAGGUGGAACCUCCUAUGUUGGAUUUCAUGGAGGACCCUGGAAAUCAGUUCACAUUGAUGACCUUAGAAGAUCCAAAGAGUUUGUAUCAGAUGUCCAGUCCUUGAGAAACCUACCCAUCAGCCAGCUGUUUGAGGACAUGAAAGAGCCCUGUUAUGGUAAAUUAACUUACAUUUCUAUUAUACUCAUUAGCACUAAUGCCAUAGUUAAUAACAAUGAUUUUCAAUUAGAAAUAACUGAAAAUAAUUGUUUGAAAGCUGUGUUUGAAGUCACAGAUCUAGUGCGAAGCUGUGUGCAGAGUGCAGUAAGCAUGCUCAGAGACCAGGAGGACAGUGGAGCUCUCAUUACCAGGAGGGUGGAGAUCCUGCUAACACUUAUGGAAGAUAGUGAGGACCUGAAAGCUGUGUUCCUGAAAACCCUGAGGAGCCGCCUUCACUCUCUUCUGGAGAACCACGAGAGAAACAUCCCCUCCCCCAAGUACUGGGUGUUAACAGAGGCAUCCAACAUCAAUGCUCUUCAAGAGGGGGGAACUUUCACACAAACUCUGUGGAAGAAAAUCCAAGCAGUGGUCACACCCGUUUUGGCGCAGUUGGUCUCAGUUAUCGACAGGGACUGUAAUCUGGACCUCCUCCUAGACGUCAACUGUGGGGAAGAAGUCAAGAAACUGUGGCUGGAGAUAUUCGGCAGCAACGAGAUGCUUGAUAUUCCUUUUGUCAAAGUGGAUUCCAAUUCUGAGUCUAAGACCAUUCUGGUACAGAGCCAUAUCACAGCUGACAGGACCAUGCGCUCCAGUAUGCCCUUCAGCUGGAGGAUCAGAGAUAUCCUGGAUGAACUAAUGAUGCAAACUCAGCAGUACGAAAGACACAGUCCUAGGCAGUUUGAGGAAUUCUUUCCGAAAAUCCCCCUUGGUCAGUAUAUGGCUACAAUGGAUGAAAAAAUGCAGAGGGAAUUUUUUCAAAGGUACCUGCAGGAUUUCAUUGCCAUGACGAUGACAGUGGCUUCAGCGGGGGAGUUAAAGCUUCUGUGUGACGCCCUGAACAGCUGUGUGAAUGAGCUCCGGAGGCGACGAAAAGCUCCAAGUGAAGAGAUUCCAUCCAUACCCCUGAUCCACUCGGCCUACCACAUGUACCGCACCCGCCUUCAGAACCUGUCCAGGAUGAUGUCCCUGCAGCCACAGGUGGCCCUUCACUUGCAGAGGAACCCACAAGUGAAGGAUAGCCCAGUGAUGGUUCUGGACGUGUACGCAGCAGUUGCCUGUGUUGAGCAGCUGGAGCCUCCUGCGUUGGACUCUAAUACCCAGUGCCAAGACUGGCUGAAGCAGGUGAAAAGACUGCAGGGGUCUAUAGAGCUGGUCUGCUCCCAGGGAAGCCUGAGGCAGUAUGGAGAGAGGAGCCAGGAAAUGUUUAACUACAUCCGUAAUAAUUGGAACCACAUCUGCAUCCUCUCUCUGUUUGUGGAACACAUGCUGCUAGGCUUUGAGUUUGAGGAGAGGGAGCUCAAGCCUCUGGUCCUUGAUCACACUCGUACCUUAGGCAAAAUUCUGUCAAAACAUUCAGACGUCAAAUCUGAGGAACCCUUUGCAGCCGUCAUUAAAAUACUGAAGUCAUGCAAGAAAGGAGCAAGUGAUCUUAUUUGCAAGUUUGGUCUCCAGUGCCCUAUGUGUAUGGGGGAACCAGAGGACCCCGUGGACCUGCCCUGUCACCAUAUUUUCUGUCUUACCUGUGUCAGAGGAUGUGUCAACGUGUGCCAGAUGUACUGCCCCAUGUGCAAACAGGAAAUCCCAGAUGACUUUGAGGUGAAAGUGUCUGAAGACGUACGAGCUUCCAUCACCCUAAAUGGCCAGUUCAGACGGAGUUGCAGUGCGUUUUUCAUAAACCUCGUCACUACUGUGUGCUUCAAGGACAACAUCCCCCCAUCAAAGGGUGUCAUCCUGCAGCUGUUGUCCUUCCUCAUGGUCGAGACAGACCCGAUUCCACUUAUCAGAGGUACCCCCCGUCAGAUACACACCAAAGAUUUCUCACCAUUCGAUGAGUCUCUGGACAAAAAUCCUGUGGUGAGAUCAGUGAUACUCAAACUCCUGCUCAAGUACAGCUUUGAUGAAGUCAAGGAAUAUCUGCAGCAGCAUUUGACAUCGAUAGAAGAGAGCAACAUUGUUGAUGCAGAAGAUAGAAAUGAACUGUAUGCGUUGUACAUGAACUGCCUUGAGGACUCAUUGUUGGAAAGAAUGCCACAAGAAUGCACCUGCCUUCAGGAAGAGACUGAGUUCUUGCAUCACUUCCUGGACUCUGUCACUGACUCGGCUGAGACGGUCACAAUAGAGUACCUGCAGCAGAUUGCUAGGGUCCGCCUGUGCCUGGGAAUGGCUGCACACCUUCUCCAUAGCAUGCUGUCUGGUGAGAAAAUUCCUCAGGAUGUGGUUGAGGAGUUUCUUUGUGCUGUUAUGAACCUGUGUGAGAGGAGUGUGAACGACUGGUACCGGGUCUAUCUGAUCCGCAACAUCAGCAGACAGCAGGGUGUAGAGUGUGUCCAGAGGAUGCUGAAGGAAGCCAAGUACAGGUGGCUUUUCCCUGAAGAGAUACAUCAACAGAAUGAAGAUGGUGGGCAGAUGGACCAGUAUCUGGUCUAUGGAGAGCAAUACCUGGCUGUACGGGAGGCUGUUGCCAAAGCAGUAUUAGAGGGCACUGUGGAGGACAUAGAGAAGAAGUGUGAGAGAUGUACUGCACCUCCAAAGAGGCGGACCUUGUAUAUCCUGCUGGCUCUUUUCAGAGAAGUCACCAGUCUGUACCGAGCAGCCAACACAGGCCUCCACCCCAGCCCUAGGAAAUGCCAAGAACUUGAGUACUUCAUCCAGGGUUCAAGGUACCUAGAUCCCAAGCCGGUGAGGGACUUUGCCAUGGCAUUGGUGCACAACAGGAUGGGAGGACUGAGUGUCCAUAAUGGCCGUACCGGUGCAGAGCACGUCCUUAUAGAGCUGUCUGUCCACCUGGCCGCUGUGCUGCUCACUGGGACAGACGGGGUGCUAACACCUCUUCAGCAGCUUGGCCUGACUCCUAACAACAUGCUGAGAGCCUUCAUACCCACGAUGCCUGAAGACAUGCUGGCUAUGGCCCAAAGGGUUUUAACACAGACUGGAGGCCUUGAAGCACUCACCUGGUAUACCUGUCCUGAAGGACACCCUUGUGCUGUUGGUGAGUGUGGUCGCCCCACCCAGCUGGCACACUGUCUAGAGUGUGGGGCAGUAGUUGGAGGGAAGAACCAUGCUCCUGUCAGAGGUUUCAGUGCUAUGCGACUGCAGGGAGAUCUGACAAGGACUGGUCACAUCCUAGGAGAUCCUCAGAGGAGGGACAACCCAGACUCCCAGGACACCAAAAACAUGUCCCUCGCCCCCUUCACCCUCGUCAGGCUGCUCACCCAUCUAGCCAUGCUGCUAGGGGCCUCAGAGCACCCACAAUCCAUCCAGCAGAUCAUCCAGCCUCCAGCUGCUGACCCCUGUGGAUUUCUGAUUCUUCACCUGCUAAAGGAUAUGGAUCAUGUGACCAAAGCCCUGGGGAAGGGAACAGAUGGCACGGUCACCACCAUCCACCUGAUAAUCAGAUCCAUCCUGGAGUCACCACAGACCAGUCCAUGGAUGGCUGGCUAUGAUUCCCAACUCUCAACUAAAGAGGCCAGAAAUACCUGGGAGACAACCGUUGCUACUGACAUCAUCACUCCUCAGUUGAAGCAUCUUGACCAGCGGCUGAGAGAGGUGAAUGCCACAAUCAGAAAUGACUCGCGUGUCUCCUCUAACUUCAUCAUGAGGGUGACAUUUGGGGAUGAGUGUCCGUUGUCCUCACUACCUCGGCGCUCCCAGGUCCACUGUUCAGGAGUGUGGAGCUGCAGAGAGAGGGUGUCCCUACUCAGCCUCACCCACAUCGUAGAGCAGAACGACGGAAAGGACAAGCUCCCUCUACUAUGGAGGUUCCUACAGAAGGAGGCAGAGUUCCGGCUGGUAAGGUUUCUUCCAGAUAUCCUGGCCCUGCAGAAGAGUCUGGUGAAAAGGUUCCAGAAGUCAUCAGACUUGAUGAAUGACUCCAUUAGAGAGUUCAUCCAGAAACAGUCAGCACCGAUGAGAGUGUGCUAUGAGAAACGAAUCCAGAUCUUCCUGAAUACAUGGAACUUGCUCAGAUUGUCAGUAGCCACCAGUGAAAUAAAGAUCCCAGAAGAGUUCUGGAAGGAGGAUUUGGACCAGGACAGUGACCUCCAAUACCUCCUGCCACGGCGCCAGGGUCCAGGCCUGUGUUCCACCGCUCUGCUCAGUCACCUGGUGGCCCUGCACAAUGAGCUGCUUCACACUGUGGACCGCCACACUGGGGAAGACACCAGCUACAAGGUGAGUCUGUCAGAGCUGACAGAUCUGCAUGUGAUCCGCUAUGAAGUGGAGAAGGACCUGCUGCCCCUGGUGCUGUCUAACUGCCAGUACAGCCUGGAGCGUGGCAAGGAGACCCUGUCUGCGUACGACCUGCCCAAGAUCCAGCAGCAGGUCCUAACCCGCUUCCUGCAGGGCAAACCCCUCAUCACACUAACUGGAAUCCCGACUCUGGUCACCAGACACGAAAGAGAUUACGAAAGCAUUUUGAAAACAGUGAAAGGAAAAGUGUCUCAGGAGCGUCUGCCGUCCCUGACCCUCACAGCCCUGUCCAGGGAUCUGGGGUCGUACAGCGAGGUGUGUGAUGCCCUGAAGGCUGUGGAGCUGGCUCUGGGCUUCCUAUCCAUGACUGGGGGAGAUGCCGACAUGCCCUUGGUGCGUUACCUGGAGGACACGCUCAGGAUGAGCGAGCAGACCGAACCACACUUCUUAAAGGCUCUGGGCAGAUGCAGUCUGAAGCACUGUGUGGCUCUGUGGCAGCUCCUCUCUUCCCUCAAAUCAGAGAACAUGCUGAAGAGUCUGAAGAGGGACCCAUUCUCUGGGGUCUCGGCUGAGUACCAGAAGCACCUGGAGGAGGAGCAGAAGAAGCUGCUCCAAGGUUUCAUCACCGUGGGGAACAUCAACACCUGGCUGCUGGAGAUGCACGAGUUCCUCCUGCUGAACCUGGGGAGCCCUCGUGCCUCGGAUACCUAUGGACCACACUGGAGUGUCAAAGAGACAUUGGCUGCAUACAUGGACCGCAAAGAACUACAAGUCCCGCCUGACGUGGAGGCUUCCUUCCCUGACGAGAUACUCCUCUCACAGAUUGUGGAGACCUGGAAAUUUACUGUGACUUACAAACAGGAAUGGAUGAUGUGAUCGAUUCCACCUGACCGUGAUUUGUAAAGGACGACACUAGAUCACCGGGGAAAUGGUAGAAUAGAACACAAGUGCUUCUGAUUGUAUGAUGUAUAGAUGUGCUUUUUCCAGUGAUAGCACAGUAUGUGCCACACUGUCACACCAUACUUAGAUAGUAAGAGGAUUUAUAACUGGUAUGUGGAGAAUCUUGCCUUUCUCCUUACAAAAACUGCCUUGAAUGCAACGUUUUCAUAGAAAAAAAAUAUUUUUGGGGUCAGACUAUGGGCUUGGUUCAAUCCGUAUCGCUGAAGUUCAGGGUAUUAAAGGCAUUGUUACUGCAUUCGCACGAGACUGCAUUCACGGUAAACGCUGCAUAUGUCGGCUCAAUUGGAAAUUACCUUUACAUUUUAAGCGCGCUAUAGUGGUGGACUUCGGGUUUACGGAUUGAAUCAAGCCUUAUAUUAACCAAACUGUGUUUACAGAAUGUUUUUUGCCAUAAUUUUUGUUAUUGGUGGUUGGUGUUAUUUUAAAGUUCAGAUCAGUGCAGUAAGCAUCCACUUGAGGGGGCUAUUGGCCCACAUUUUGUAAUUUACAGUCCUGAAGAUCUAAAAUCAAGUUAGUUAAAUACAUGACCUAAUCAUUUUAUCUGCUUGGUUUUAAUAUAUUCUGGUUGAAUAUGACUACGAUAUCUUCUUCCAUUUGUUUUAAAAAAUGUGUCCAAAUCAUGGCAUCUUGAAAUAAAAGGGCUGGUGCUGUCAAGAGUGAUGUUUGUCACGCC